CACUCGCUCACACACAAAACACGGGAGAGAAAUCAAAUCGAUUAAAAAGAAAACAAACAAAAUAAAACUCCCAUCCGCGUUUACCUCCUCUCUUUCAAGCUCGCUUCUUCUUCUUCUUCUUCUUCUUCUUCUUCUUCUUCUCUCCAUCUGUGGAGAAGACAGAGCGCCGGAGAGCUUGGUCGUCUUCAAAUUCUGAAACCUUAAAUUCCAAAAGUUCUCUCAUGAAACUCUAUUCAGAUCCAUGGAAGAUUGUUGCUUGUCGUUUCUUGAUAUCAUCUUCUCCGUAGAAUCACGAAUGAUCAUUUCUAAUUCCAAAUCUCUGUUCGUAUUCUUUCCUCGUGCCCCUUCCAUUUGUCCUCAAAAUCCUAACUCCAGGCUCAGCAGAUCCAUGUUCUUCUAGUAGUAGGCUCGGCGACGACCCCUUUUCUGCAACAAGCUCUCAUCUUCAGAUUUAAAACAAGGAAAAGGAGUAAGGAAACCCUAGAAUUCGAUAGGUUCUCCGAUGAAGGGCUUGAGCCGUUUCUUCACGAUCGGGCUCGUGACGGCGUGGUACUCGUCGAACAUCGGGGUUUUGUUGCUUAACAAGUACCUCCUCAGCAACUAUGGCUUCAAGUAUCCGAUCUUCCUCACUAUGUGCCACAUGACAGCAUGUUCAUUGCUGAGCUAUGUUGCGAUUUCUUGGAUGAAGAUGGUCCCCCUGCAGACCAUCCGAUCCCGGGUCCAGUUCAUGAAGAUCGCUGCCCUUAGUCUUGUUUUCUGCGGUUCCGUUGUCAGCGGCAAUGUAUCACUUAGAUACCUUCCGGUGUCAUUCAACCAGGCAAUUGGUGCCACUACACCAUUCUUUACGGCCGUGUUCGCCUACAUCAUGACGGUCAAGAGGGAGGCUUGGAUUACUUACGUCACGCUUAUUCCUGUCGUCACAGGGGUCAUCAUCGCCAGCGGGGGUGAACCAAGCUUCCACCUAUUUGGGUUCAUAAUGUGUGUUGGUGCCACAGCUGCGAGAGCACUCAAAACAGUUCUUCAAGGGAUUUUGCUCUCUUCCGAAGGGGAAAAACUGAAUUCUAUGAACCUCCUUCUUUACAUGGCUCCAAUAGCUGUUCUGUUCCUUCUUCCUGCAACUCUUCUGAUGGAGGAAAAUGUGGUUGGAAUCACACUGGCACUUGCAAGGGAUGAUAUCAGGAUUAUCUGGUAUCUUCUCUUCAAUUCUACACUGGCAUAUUUUGUAAAUUUGACCAAUUUCUUGGUCACUAAACACACCAGUGCUUUGACCCUUCAGGUGCUAGGGAAUGCGAAAGGGGCCGUAGCUGUGGUUGUCUCAAUUUUGAUAUUCAAAAAUCCUGUCUCAGUGACUGGAAUGCUUGGUUACACGCUCACAGUCAUUGGCGUAGUCCUCUACAGUGAAGCCAAAAAAAGGAGCAAAUGACACAUUUGUCCAGAAAAAAACUGUGCAAGCACAUCUCAUUUGUGGGGGCAACAACAUGCUAGCCAAGAUUUAAAUACAGUGUUUGCAGCCAUAUAUUGUGCCCUCCAUAUUCUUUUCCGGAAGCCAAGGAAAAGGUUUCUACCCUGUAUCAACAGCGUUCACCAGUUUAGCCGAAAAUAGGGGACUCUCAAUAAAAGGACUGAUUGGUCUUUCCUUCUUCCAAAGUUCCCAUCUUGGGGUAAUUGAGGAAUGCUAUUCUUUGGAUCGGAAUUGAAUUGCAACCUAAUAGGUCUGUCAUCUCUGAUUAAUUAAUGAAAGAUGCUCUGAUAAUUUUUACCAUUAUUUUUUUCCCUUUUCUCAGGUAUUGAACAUUCGGUUAUAGUGAUGUCUUACAGGUGCUGUAAAAUGUUUAUUAAUCUAUACAUACGAGGGAAUACUUUUUUUUUCUGUU